AUGUGGAGGACGUGUACAGCCUUUGCGCUUGUGGCCGCGUGCGUCGCGCUUCCCGCCCAAGAAUCCGGUCCGACGAUAAACGACUUCGAAAACCUUAGUGAAUGCUUCAGAAAAGACUCCACAUCAUGCCUCAAAUACAAAUUCUUUUCCUACUUAGACAAAGUGAUCGGCCAAAAGGAAACAUUCUCUUUGUCCGAUGGCGUGACCGUUGUAAGAGCUAACGACAUCCCGUCCGAGAUUGGAGCACCAAGAUCGAUGGAUCCCGUUGCAAGACUUAAGAGAUAUUUCGAGACUCACUCGAUUCGUGUUGAAGUCAAAGGAUCGGAUGUAAUUGAUGCAGUAACAAGCGCUGGGCGUGCUUUCGAGGAUACAGUUUCGUCGUUUUCAGAAGAGACCGAUGUUACAGAAGAAGGUAGAGGAAAGAAAAAGAAAGCUUCUAAAAUCCUUGGACCAUUGAUAGCAGCAGUAAUGUUGAAGAUGAUGGCGAUAUUGCCUCUGGCAAUUGGCGCGAUCGCACUGAUAGCUGGAAAAGCGUUGUUGAUAGGAAAACUGGCAUUAGUUCUGUCUGCUGUUAUAGGAUUAAAGAAGUUGCUGUCGCAACAAAAACACGUGACCUAUGAAGUGAUUGCUCACCCACACCAUUCAUCAAGUCACACGUCCAGUCACGAUUACGGUGGCACCAGUGGAUACGGCGGAGACUCAAGCAGCUACAGCACCGGCGGUGGACACGGAAGCGGAUGGGGACGUUCUCUAGAAUCCCAAAGCUUGGCGUACUCAGCGCAAAAGCCCCAGUAG